UGUGAAACCGCGCGCACUCUGUCUCGAAUGAAUGCCUCGAUCCCUCCCUUGCAAAUCCUCCCGGACAAGGUCACAAUUGUAUUGCGGAACUCAGAAACGCAUAUCCAGGCAACUCCAAUCGAUCAAUCUACUUGAGAAUUGACGCCUCACAAGCCGAAGCCGUCAAUCGAGGCAGCCUGCCCUGGCCGCAUCAGUUCUUGUUUCGUGCGUCGUUGCCUCCACCUUGUUUGCUGCAAGAGGGAGGAGAAUGCGAUUUGUCAUAAAUGGUUAAGUCUUUUGGGUGAUGAAGUCAUCGAUCGGAUGACGAGUCGCGGUGUUUUAGCUCGUGGAUUCUCGUUUGAUGAUGGGACGAUUCGAGUUUGUAGCUUUGCGAACAGAGGAACAGGGUUUUAAGGUGGACGUAAGAAAGCGGUGGUGGGAGGCGUAGAAGGGGAUUUAGAGAGCUUUGAAGAGGUUUGCAUUGCCAGUGUGCGAGACAAAGAGAUGGGGCGAAUUGGGCGCCUCUCGGCUGCGGUGGUCAGCCACUUGCGGUCCAACACAGUAGUGUCUAGUUUUGAGCAAGCUGUGGAGGAGCUAAUAUGCAACAGCUUGGAUGCUGGUGCCACCCAGGUGCGUGUACAAUUUGAUGGAGGAGGAGCGUCUGUGAAAGUGGAAGACGACGGGCACGGUAUGUCCCGAGAAGAUUUGGAGCUUGUCGGUUUGAGGCACGCAACUUCGAAGCUGCAUACGCUGGAUGAGCUAGCAGCGGGAGUUCAGACAUUGGGAUUUCGUGGAGAGGCUCUGAGUUCAUUGUCGGACUUAUCUAUUUUAGAAAUCACAUCCAGAGUGCAAGGCUGUCCUCAUACCUACUGUAAAAUAAUGAAGGGUAGCAAUACCGUUUCUCUGGGGCUUUCAAGUCAACAAAGAUCAAGAGGCACAACAGUCACUUUGCGAGAUAUGUUCUACAAUCAACCUGUUCGUAGAAGGCUAUUUCAUUCCAGCUCUCGCAAAAUACUGCAGUCUGUGAAGGAACGAAUCGUGCGCUUGGCCCUGGCUUAUUUCAAUGUCACUUUCAUCUUAACAGACUCCCUAAGGGUGGAAGAAGAGUUGCACAUACGCCGUCACACGUCUUUGUACAGCACUCUCCAAGAUGUCUUUGGUCGCGAGUUUUGUCAUGGACUGAAAGAAAUAGACUUUGCCAAAGGCAAGCUAAGGCUCACGGGUUUCCUCUCCAGUACUGAAACUUACACCUCUUUGAAGGCCGUACAAUAUUUAUAUAUCAAUCAUCGAUUUGUCUACAAAACACCUCUUCAUAAACUCAUAAAUCGUUGGGGGAAAAAUAACGCCCGCUCAGCUGGUGGAGAACCAAAAAGGAUCGAGAAGCUAGACACCUCGUUAGGUAAAGCAGCUUACCCUGCAUUUGUCUUGAACUUGAGCUGCGAGCUGUCGGAAUACGAUAUAACCUUUGAAGCAACAAAGACUUACGUGGAAUUUAAGGACUGGACUCCUGCACUCACGUUCCUGGAAAAUGUGCUCUGUGUAAGCUGGGGAGAUGAAGCAGAAAAGAGACAAGCAACCCAUGCAAGUGGAAAGCGAAAGUCUUGGUAUACAAAUGGUUCUGGUAAUGAGACAGAAAUCACGUUGAGGAGGAAGCGUGCUCGCACCCAUACAGUGAAUGAAUCAAUCAGUGCAGGUCUGUUGCAAGCUGAUUCCAUAACUGUGCCAGAGUUGGGCUGCAAAAGUUUCGAGAAGGAGAGAAAUAAGGAUACAGGGGAAUAUAUUGGAGGAGAUAGGUUUUCUAAUUAUCACCAUAAGAGUUAUCUUGAAAGUGAGACCUUUCGCACUCCGAGUUGGGGACAGUUGGCUAAGCCUGGUCAUGUGAAUGAAGAGGAAAGCUGGCUAGAUCAAGAGAUGAAUACUCCACUGCGUAUGAGCAUGAAUCGUGCAUUAGCGCAUCCAUUACUGGAUCGUCCGUCUCCAGAUGUGCUGCUUAUGGGCAUCCCAAAAAUGCAGGAUAUUUCAAUGGCCUCAUCACCGAUUUUGAGUGAAGGAAGCUGGGAUGGCAGAUUUAGUGUCUCUCAGGGGGUUGAUGAUUUCCCAGAAGAAGUGAACACUGAAAAAGAUCAGGACAUAGAUUGUGGACAGCUCCAAUCUCCCAAGCAUAGUUUGGACUCCAGCGAAAGUGAUAUUUUCUUAGACAUGCCUCGGCCUUUGAGAACCAAAAAACCUUCGAAUUCACCUCCAAUCAUGGAAAGGGAUUCUGGUUCUUUGAUACCUUCGAUGGGAGGAAAUCUAAAUGAAUGGGCGCUUCCUGCGGUUACAUCCUCGAUGGACGUGUCGCUUUUACCUUCUGGAUCAUGGAAUGAUUUAGAUCCGGAUAAACCUCGUGGGUCUCCUAAUACAGAGGACGUGACCGCAUAUUAUUUUUCAGAUGAUGAAGAGGUUCAUCCUCAUAGUGAUUUACACAUGUGGUCUGACAGAUUAGAAAGGUCAGAUCACGGCGUCAGUCUAGUGGACGAUUUUACUCCAGAAAUAUGCCGGGAGUGGAAUUCUUCACGCAAUUCUCCAUCUGCAUGUAACACCGAUCAUUUGGCUAAAGUGGGCAAGGUUCAUGGAAGAGUUUUACAGGGAAUAACCAGUAUCGAGGAGGUUGAUAAUAUCGUGCAAGAACAUCUUUGUCAGCAAGCAGAAUGGACUUGCACUUCUCCUGCAGUAGCACCUGACCAUGACCUAGUGCUCCCCAAGUCCCGACCGACUGAAAAAGAAAGUAUUCACCGUGAUGUGGAUGUGACACCAGUGGCUUCUUUGUACGAGGUUUGGUCAAAUCCUUGCAUGCGGGCAAACACAAAUGAUAUCCUCCAUGUUUCUGCUGUUACACUGAAGUCUUGGAGCAAGUCCCUGCAACCAGAUAUGGUUACAAAGAAGAGUCUACAACAUGCACGUGUUCUUCAGCAGGUGGACAACAAGUUUAUUGCAAUUGUUGCACAGAAUGUUCUUCUUCUGGUUGACCAGCAUGCAGCAGACGAACGAGUUCAAUUGGAAGAGUUUCGAACGCAAGUGUUAGCAGCAGGAAAACAGCAAUGCAGCACGCUCUUGGAUGUCAAACAUGAUCUGAAUUCAUUUUUGCAGUCACUAGGCCUUGGAGAGCAGCAAACACUGCAUGCAUACCGUCAACAAAUUGAGGAUUGGGGCUGGCGCUUUUGUACUGCUUCUGAUGCUCGUAGUCUCGACAGGACUUCAAUAAGAGGUUGCGACAGCACAACUUGCAAACUUCAACUCAGUGCAGUCCCCUGUAUACUAGGAGUAAACUUGACCGCAAGCGAUCUAGAAGAAUAUCUUCAGCAGCUCGGAGCAACUCAAGGGGCUUCUGUACCUCCCCCUGCGGUGAUCAGGCUGCUCAAUUACAAGUCAUGUCGAGGUGCAAUUAUGUUUGGAGACCCGUUGCUACCUGCGCAAUGUCGUCAGCUUGUCAGUCACCUCAAGCACACUUCUCUGUGCUUUCAGUGUGCACACGGUCGACCCACAAUGGUUCCUCUUGUUAAUCUUCAAAUUCUUCGGCAACGGACUGAAUCCCAAAUGACUAAUGAUGGAUUCAUUACCACUAAUACAUCAAGAGGCAACAUUCCAACUGCUUCUGGAGCCUGUUGGCAUAAGUUGAUGAAGCAUCCCCUUUCUCUGGAGCGAGCUCGUGAACGUCUCCAUUGAUUCGAACACAACUGAUCUUUCAUGAAUUGUUAAAUGAGGAUUGUGAAUAAUUAACCAAUUGAUAUAUUUAAGAACGUCUUUAGCAACAAUUGCUCUUACUUGAUUGCACCUUGUCAGUUCCUUAUCAUGUAAGACUGGCGGGUCAGAUGUAGAAUUCAUCUUAACGUAGAUAAUUUCUAUACUGUAUAUGUAUAGUAGGCUCAGUUUGUGCUUUGUAGUUAAGAAUGUAUAGGCAAUGUACAAUAUUUGCAAGUUUUUAAGGAUUCUUACUUGGUAAUUGCCAUGAACGGAGAAAAUUUAUUUAUCAGGCAUUUCUCGUUGCCUACCAAAAGCCCCGACCGGCGGGCUGUUAUGAUUUGGGA